AUGUUUACUAAAGUGGAAAUAGAGACGAGUGAAGGUACUGCACUACUUACGUAUACAAGUCCAUUACACAUAUAUGAUAGUAAAAAAGGACCUAUUUUCUCUCUAUCACAGAAAUUCGGGUCUUUGACUUUCAAGGGGGUAUUCCUUAACUCAGAAGACCAACUUAUUGCAAAGCAUAUUUUAUACUCAAUGGUUUCUGACCUGGCGAUUGGAUCGGAUAUACAGCUGUUAAAAAAGCAUGCCACUAUUUAUGCAUACAUUGAUAAUUACUUAACCUCAAGGAAUCUUGCAUUUCCCAUUCCCAGAAGAAAGAGCAGUAACAGCACGGCACCUUCAUCUGCUCUAGCGCCUAAAAAGAAAGUAUUUGUGGAGGUGGCAGAUAAAGUAUUCCUUAGACUAUCACAGGGAAGGACCAUUAGUAGCUGUUAUGGACAGAUAUCCACAAAUCCUUCUGAGGAUGUGGGUCAAAUGUCACUGAAAAUAGAUUCUAGGUCCCUGUGCGGCCUGCGGAAUAUACAGUACGAUUCAUCUGUGUGCAGGCAUCGAGAGGGAAUAACUACUCUUCUUACAUGCCCAUCUAAAAACUCAACAAUCAUGACGUAUACGUACGCAGGGAGUAUAUCUGAUCUACCCAUGGUUAAAGCCGUUCUUGUUGACACAAAGACCAUUGAAAUUCUUCUGUGCUUCACCCCGGAUAAGUAUCCCGAUAUGUUCAGUACCUCCCUUGUCUUUGAUUAUACCAUUGGCAAUAUUAGUGUACAGUGCAAGGAGGGAGAAUACGAGUACCAUGCACCCAGCAGAAAACUUACUUGGAAACUGUCCAAAAUCACCAGGAAUGCAUCUCUUACCAUUCAUACAACUGAGUCACACAGAGCAAGUGCCGUGAUUAAGUACAUGUGCAAAUACGGCAAGACGGCUGUGUCCAGUGUAGUUGUUAAGAGCCUUUCUUCUGAUGCAGAUGAAAAUUGGAUUAAGCACACAACAGAUGUCUCUGGUCUUCUGAGACUACAGGAAUAAGUGCACUUACUUAUUCCGGGUCAUUCCAGCGGAUUAAUAAAAGGCAUACGCAGAAU